CCAACCGAUUCAAAACUUUCGAGAGAAUAUCAAACGGAGCGCGCUCUAUGCCAAUGUGAUAUAAAGUUCAGUAGCUUCUGAUACAUUCGUUCGAAGUUCGAAUACGAAGCGCGUGUUCUAUGGUGGAGAUGGAGUAAGAACAAAUGCGGAUCGCGAGUAACGGAGAAUGGAUUAGUCGAGAAGACGAUCGUGGACCCAUUAUAAGUGGGUGUCGCGCCGAAUUGUUUUUACCUGGUUCGCAUUCGACCCUCGGCGUUCUCGACUCGAACGUUUUCAACGAUGUGGCUACCACGGGCAGUGCCGUUAUGACAAAUUUGCGUGACCCUAUACACAAUACUCGCGCUUCGGCGAGUUGUUUCACGCGGAACAGUCUCUUCUUUCGAAGCUUUUAAAGGAGAGAAUAAUAAUAAUAAUAAUGGCGCGCCGGGAUGCUAACCCGGAGUAGCCCAGCUGACAAUCGGCCAAAACAAAAUGGUAGCUCGCCGUGCUGGUCGUGCACCGACAGGUGAUACGUUUCCGCGUUAUUACACUUAUGUGAGUUAAAACACCGUGGCGGGACGGGGCGGGAUUUCGGGGGCGAAUUUAGGUUACGAUGAGUACUGACAGUCAUGAUCGGACGAAAACACCCUGCAAAGUACCCGGAAGAGGCGAGGGGCAAGUGGAGGAGGGGGAGAAUAUGUUCGAUGAUAAACGGAUUAAAAAGGAGCACGGUGACAUUUGCGCGGAGAAUGGUGACGCUGCCAUCACCGCCGCCGCCGAGAAAGAACAGCUGCCGGCCGGCAGAUUCGCCUCGAACGGCUUUCACGGAGAUGGCGAUCUACUGCAGGAUCUCAUCGCGGCUAAGUUCACGACGUUGGCUAACCACGGCGCUUCUACCAAACAGGACAAGAUUCGCAUCAUGAUAGAGGAUGGCAUUAGUGUCUCGGAGAAAGGAAGCCCCGCAUAAUCUACUGUCUCUUUUUCCCGAAGGUUUUGGAUACCUAUAAAAGGUUUACUCUUCAUAAAAAAAGAUCUACCGUAUAACCUAUUAAUGACAGAUAACUGGGAUCAUUUGGAGACGAUUUUUUUCCUCAGCGAAAAUGUCGAGGUCAUCAU